AUGACUGGACGCGGCAAAGGUGGCAAGGGUCUCGGAAAGGGCGGAGCCAAGCGUCACCGCAAGAUUCUUCGCGACAACAUCCAGGGCAUAACCAAGCCUGCCAUCCGUCGUCUCGCGCGUCGUGGCGGUGUCAAGCGUAUCUCAGCCAUGAUCUACGAAGAGACCCGCGGUGUUCUCAAGACCUUCCUCGAGGGUGUCAUUCGCGAUGCUGUCACCUACACUGAGCACGCGAAGCGCAAGACGGUUACUUCUCUCGAUGUCGUCUACGCUCUGAAGCGACAGGGCCGCACCCUGUACGGUUUCGGUGGUUGA